AUGAAACCAGAAUUCUCUCAAGAACAAACAACUUUCUUGGAGAAAGAAAUGCAAAAAAACAACAUGAUUAUUAAUACAGAAACUCUAUCUUUAGAAGAAGGAAAUAUAGAUGACUUUACAGAAAAUAUGAUUUUAGAAGAAACAACUGCAGACCUUCGAACUAGAAAGUCAUAUACAGCUUUGGCAAAAAUACAAAUACCCUUUACUCAAGAACAAUAUAACAGUUAG